CUUAAAGCGGCUGCCUCCUCAAUGUGUCCAGCAGCUCUGCAGAGGACAGGGGCUGAAACAAAUCCCACGCACCCUGCAGCAGGAGGGAAACACGGCGACUUCCUUUCUCUGGAUUCUGGGACAAACAUCUGAAAGAGGGUUUGAGGACGGUCCAGAUGAGACUGAAACAAUGACAGGCAGAUUGUGAAGCUUGUUAACAUCAGUGGGUGAUAACCAGGUGGAGCAAUGGCGGCAUGGCUGGGUCGGUUCUCCUUGGGAGAAGCCUGGUAUGGCAUGUACUACCGCCUGAUGAGGACCAAACCUGUGGGCUCCAUGGCUCCUGGCUCAGAUGACCUCACCGAGCUGGCGGAGGGGUCUGCCGUGGGACUGGCAAAGGUCCUGACGACUGUGGAUCUGGUGUCGCUUGGUGUGGGCAGUUGCGUGGGCACUGGGAUGUACGUGGUGGCCGGGCUGGUUGCCAAGGCCAUGGCCGGCCCGGGGGUCAUCCUGUCCUUCAUCAUUGCAGCGGUGGCCUCCAUACUCUCAGGAGUCUGCUACGCAGAGUUCGGGGUCCGGGUCCCCAAAACAACGGGCUCAGCGUACACCUACAGCUACGUAACGGUUGGGGAGUUCGUGGCGUUUUUCAUCGGCUGGAACCUGAUCCUGGAGUACCUGAUAGGCACGGCGGCAGGGGCCUCGGCUCUCAGCAGCAUGUUCGACUCGCUGGCCAAUCACAGCAUCAGUAACUACAUGAUAACACACCUGGGAACGCUCAGAGGCCUCGGUAAGGGUGAGGACACGUAUCCCGACCUGCUGGCCCUGUUCAUUGCCCUGCUGGUCACAGUGAUCAUUGCCCUCGGUGUGAGGAACUCUGUGGGAUUCAAUAAUGUCCUAAACAUUGUCAACCUGGUGGUCUGGGUCUUCAUGAUCAUCGCCGGGCUCUUCUUCCUGUCAGCCAGCAACUGGGAGGGCGGCAAUUUCCUGCCGUACGGCUGGUCGGGGGUGAUGCAAGGUGCAGCUACAUGUUUCUACGCCUUUAUUGGUUUUGACAUCAUUGCAACGACUGGAGAGGAGACUAAAAAUGCCAACACAUCCAUCCCUUAUGCCAUCACCGCCUCACUGGUCACCUGCCUUACCGCCUAUGUGUCGGUGAGCGUGAUCCUUACUCUCAUGGUCCCCUACAACCUGAUCGAUGGCUCGGCUCCACUCAUGGAGAUGUUUGCUGCGCACGGCUUCAUGUGGGGAAAGUACACCGUGGCGGUUGGCUCCAUAGCUGGACUCACUGUCUCACUGCUGGGCUCCUUGUUUCCAAUGCCCAGGGUCAUCUAUGCCAUGGCCCGUGAUGGACUGUUGUUCAGGUUCCUGACACAGGUUUCAGCACUCACACACACUCCUGCUGUGGCAUGUGUGCUGUCGGGAAGCUUUGCAGCCAUUCUCGCUCUCCUGGUGAGCCUCCGUGACCUGAUCGAGAUGAUGUCUAUUGGCACGUUGCUGGCUUACACUCUAGUUAGUGUGUGUGUGCUGUUGCUUCGCUACCAGCCCGAUAAAGAGACAGACACACACCAGUUUAUCUCAGAGGAAGACGUGGACAACAUCAAUCAUCAGGACGGUGGAGAUGUAUCUAGCAAAGAUGACCACAUCAUGAUGGAAGGCUCAGAUCAUGACAGGUCCUCCUCUUACCACACUGGUGGGACUGAAGGGGAGGCAGAUGACUCUAAUUUCCACACUGGACAGGCUUCUCUGAUGAAAAGACUUCUAGGCGGUCAUUAUUACACCCUGCGCCUCCGACUGGGAAUGCCUGAUUCAUCAGCACGUCCAACCCCCGCUUCUGGCCAGAUAGUCACCAGAUGCACCCUGUCGCUCUUCCUCAUGUCCUUCCUCUUCUGGUCCACCAUCAUAUUUGGUGUAGAGCAGGGCUCAGGAGUCAGAGCAGUGUUUUCAGGCCUAAUGGGGAUACUGAUGGUGGGAUCACUGGCGAAGCUUUUGAUUCUUAUCAUACAACAGCCAGAGAGCAAGCGGAGGCUGCCCUACAUGGCGCCAUGUGUUCCCUUUGUUCCUGCAGCGGCCAUAUUGGUUAACAGUUACCUGAUGCUUAAACUCUCUCCUCUCACCUGGGCCAGGUUCACUAUCUGGUGCCUGAUAGGUCUGUUGAUCUACGGCUGUUACGGAGUUUGGCACAGCACUUUGGAGCUCAAUGCCCGCGAGCAGCAGGCCCACGCCAGCUCCUACCAGCGCUACGACGACAACGUAGACGACACCUUCUCCCCUGACGAUGACCUUUACCCCCAGGAACAGGACAACAAGCCCUACCAGGGCUGGUCUGCCCCAGAGGAGAGUCAACACCGCCACCAGAACCAGGGUGAGGGCCAGGAGGAGGAGCCACAUAAGAGUCAGUGUGAGGAUGAUGGUGACCAGUACGGGUACCAGUCUGGAGCAGGAGUCCAGUACCCGAGUGGAGGCAGCAGGUCCAGGGGGCGGACCAAUUUUGGGUUUGAUGAUGAUGAUAACUGAAUUGAGAAGAACUAGACCUGGACGUUGAUGAGAUCCUGUGACUGCAGAUCAAAAAGACAUCUUUCAGAAGAUUAAUUUUGUUAUUUUUUAACCAGCGCAAACAUCUCUUGGUUUCCUCUAUGUUGACAGACAUGACCGGCUCUAAAGUUGAGGUUCUGAUACCACCAAGAGUCUGCUUUUAAGAACGGGAAUGAUUCCUAGGCAGAAAUAUCUUAACAGUACCAUCUUCAGUUUUUUUCCUUUGUUUCCUGCUCAUGAAGUGGUGAAACACAGGUGGAAGACUCUGAUUUGACAUCUUACUGCUAACUAAACUAAGGUUCUCAUGAAAAGACUCAAAUAUAACACUUUCUGGCUCAAAUAUUUCUCUUUAUUUGUGAGAAUAAAUCAGUUAAGGUGUGAAACUCUUCA